AUGAGUGACUCUUUAGUCUCUUGUGAUCCUAUUAGUGAUAAUACACCCAUACCUAAUGCUGCACCUUCACAUGCAAUAGCUACUGGUGUACCAACUAUUGUUGUUAAAAAACCAAUACCAACAGCUCCAAGUGUCAUAGUAGUUGCAAAUUGUGGUGGUGCAGAUGGAUUUUCUGAAAACUGCGGAAAUCUUGAAGUAAUUAAAUACUUGUAUGAAUUAGGGUAUAAAGGUACAGAAGAUACAUUUAAUUCUGCUGUUGAAAGCGGAAAUCUUGAAGUAAUUAAAUAUUUUCAUGAAUUGGGCGGAAAUCUUGAAGUAAUUAAAUACUUGUAUGAAUUAGGGUAUAAAGGUACAGAAAAUACAUUUGAUUCUGCUAUUGAAAGCGGAAAUCUUGAAGUAAUUAAAUAUUUUCAUGAAUUGAGGUAUAAUGGUACGGAGUAUGCAUUUAAUUGUGCUUUUGAAAAAGCUGCAGAAAAUGGAAAUCUUGAAAUCGGAAAUCUUGAAGUAAUUAAAUACUUGUAUGAAUUAGGGUAUAAAGGUACAGAAAAUACAUUUGAUUCUGCUAUUGAAAGCGGAAAUCUUGAAGUAAUUAAAUAUUUUCAUGAAUUGGGGUAUAAAGGUACGGAAUAUGCAUUUAAUUGUGCAGUAAUUGAAAGCGGAAAUCUUGAAGUAAUUAAAUAUUUACAUGAAUUAGGGUAUAAAGGUGCAGAAUGGUAUUAUUAUGAAGAAUUAGCAAUUAAUUAUGCUACUGAAAAUUAUGACUUUGAAUUAGAGCAACAAUUAUAUAAAUUUAAGUAUAAAUAUGAAAAAUGUGCAAUUAGUUCUGCUACUAUAAACGGGUAUGAAUGUUAUGAUUGGACAAUUGAUUGUGUUGCUAAAAAUGGUCACCUUGAAAUAUUAAAAUAUUUACAUGAAUUAGGAUAUAAAGGUACAGAAGAUGCAAUAGAUAAAGCUGCUCGAAAUGGGUAUAAAUGUGACAAAUGGACAAUUUAUAUUGCAAAAGAAAAUGGUCACCUUGAAGAAGUUAUAAAAGAAGAAUAA